CCAGAGUUUGCUCUUAUUGAUGACGAAUAUGGCAGCACUAAAUGGAAUCGCGCCGCGGAGAAUAUGGAUAACAUACAGUCGAUUUACUUCCAAAUGAUUACUAUCGUUCAACACAGAUAAUCUAUUUCAUAGACAGCGACUCCGGGAGGUGUGGGAACAAACAUGGCAGCCGACGAACCACAACACGGAUACAUUACUCAGAUCUUCGUGUUUCUAGAGCAGAGGAAUGACACGUCCUUCGACUUCACGCAGCCCUAUAUCCGCCGUUCAAUGCGAUAUGUCUACCCGCUGUUCAUGUUUCUUUAUGCUGCUGUCGGUCUAGUAGGUUUUAUUGGCAACGUUGCACUUCUCGUCGUCACCGGAAAGCGGAGACUGUACCAAGAUCAAACAUAUUUUUUCAUGGGCAACCUAGCGUUUUCGGACUUGAUUAAGUGUGUAAUUGUGUUGCCUAUCUCCCUUGCAAACAUGCUGGUCCAAAACUGGAUAUUCGGCAGCUUCUUAUGCUUCUUUCUGCCCAUGAUUCAGUUUUUUCCUAUCCAUGCAUCUAUGCUUACCUUUCUCAUGAUCGCCAUUGACCGAUAUCGCCUUAUUGUGAACCCCUUCAAGGACCGGUUGCCCGCAGGGCUCUGUGUUAUAGCAACAUGGGUCGGAGCUAUCUGUUUCGUUCUCCCACACGCCGUAUAUAUCAAGUACAUUGAUCUAGGGGCCCUACUGGGAGAGCGAUUCACGGGAGUUGGAAUUUGUUAUGUUAAUAUGGAGAAACAUAUCGAAGAAUACUUUCGGGCAAUGUUCGUCACCUUAUACGCCUUACCCCUAGCAAUCAUAGGAUUCUUAUUCGUUAAGAUAUCCGCUGAACUAAAAAGUAAAGAAACAGCACCUGUUAUUGUUCAUUACAAUAUACGAACUAGCGCUCAGACACCGCGAGGUUCCACACAAGCGGAAGACUUUGGAACGAAAGUCACGUGGGCGAAUGAUACCGAACGCCGCCAGUUAAACGGAUCGGUAGCUGGAAUGGACACACCGCGACGUAAGGAAUACCCGGAACGCGCAACGCAGGACAGUGAUGACGAUUUAGAUAUAGCCAAGGAAAAGACUACACAGAACUAUCUUAUAGCCAUGGUGACCUUUUUCGCUAUGUGUUGGUGUCCGAUGUAUAUCCUUAUUCUCGUUCACUACUUCGUACACGAGACUGAAGAUAAUACUGGCCAUAUGGACGUCACGUUUGUUACAUUCGCCUGGUUCGGAUACCUGUCCACGUGCGCAAACCCAAUCCUGUUUGCCACCUGGCGACUGCCUUCCUCCACAAAAGACAGACUCAAAGGCUACUUCCGGUUUAGCAACAGGAGGAGAAGCUCUUCUCAGUUAAGCCGCACAGAAGUGUCCGAGUCUUUCGUUGUCUCCGCCACACCGUCUCCAAGGGAAACGCGCAAACUAUCCACACCUAAGAUCAAGGUCGUUACCAACAGAAACGAGCUCUCGCCUUACCGCGAUGGCAUUCUGGUGUAAAAAAUUGUGGAAAAGAUGCAACAUUCUGUGAAAUACGAUUGAAAGCGUUACAGCAUGUACAAUGUAAUUAUAUUCUGUAAAUAUACUUAUGGUAGAAAAUUAUGUACACGCCAAGGUUGUUACCAACAGAAAUGCCACACCAGAACGCUGUUGCCAGGGGUGAGUCCAGGACAUGAUAUAACAAGGGGCGUCACUUAGGGGUACAACCUUUUGACAUUCGCCCCUCCCUCUGAACCGAAGUCACAAUGGUUAUAAAUGUAGGCAGUGGGGUUUUGCGGUAUUCCCCAAAGAAAAAUAUAAAUAUUUCUAGUAUUAUUUCUCCGAUAUUGACAUAAAAUGUAAACUUGGACAAUUAAAGGGAGAUGAGCGCCGGUUGCGCCUCCAAUUCCUUGAUCCGCUAGUGGUUGCAAUAUUCAAAUAUGUUAAAUAUGUACUUUGUAAAUAGAUGUUAUUUAUAGAUGCCUGCCUUUGAAAAAGUUUGAGUGCUUUCGGACCUGUUAUGUAACAAAUGAUGUCACUAGUUGCAUAAAGCUACUGAAUCUCCCUGUCAAUGACAGGUGUAUGUAGAUUAUAGAACAAUAAUCCUGGCUAGACUUAUGAAGUUGACAGGAGAAUACUUUUUCUUAAUUAUCCCCAAACAGUAGAUCUUGUUUGAGUUACCCUUCACAACAUACAUGUACCACUAAAACGCUAUAUUUCGACACAAGUAAACUACUGUUCUCGUAGGAGACAAAUGCGUAUCAAAUACAUGAUAACCCGGUCCCGUUUCGAUAAUUCUAAGUACUUCAAUUCUCAUUAAUUGUCAUCACAUUUUUUAUACUGAUAAAUAAUAAAUUUGCACGAAAUUUGGUAUGAAGCAAAAUAACGAAAGUAUGAUAAUUGCAAUAUAAUCACACCGUUCUUAAAUUGUAAUUCAUCUUAGUGAUAGAAUUGCGUUCUUUACAACAUAUCACAUUUUGUUCAAGAAAUCGUUUAAGAUACGAGCCCCAGAUGCGGACUUCAAAUCGGGCUAAUAACACCAAUUCAGAAGUGCCUACGCAUUGUUACAUGCCUUAUUUAUUUGAAUGAACACAUGCCAAUGAUUCAAAGCGGUUAUACCAUCUCAGACCAUUGACUUCUGUUCAUCUUUAUAGGUUCAAAAGUUGAAUGGUUUGUGUUUUUAAAAAAAUGACUGAACCUGAUGGAUAUGCUUGAUAUUCUCUUGUGUUUACAUUUUUACCGCAUUUUUGUCCUCAUACACCGGAUUUUGUCAUUUUACCGAAUACACAGUGGUUACGUCCAACCUUUUUCUUCAAACGUCCCUGUUUUUUAAACGUUGUUUAAUGUUUAACACACACGUGGGGCUUUCUUCUUAUAUAUGGUGAUGGGGGUCGUAAUGACUAGAAAUCAGUGUAACUUUGAUCAAUUGAAUAUAGAAUACAUAGGAAAUUUAUUAAGUGGUGUCUGACCAAUAGUCAAAAUGACAUUUUAUUGCGGUGAAAUAUAUACGACAUCGAUAAACCUCUUGACGUAAUUGACGCUGAUGUUGUUCAAACAACUGGAUUUAAACUAGGUCAAAUUGCCACGCUAAUUUCAACGUUGUAGAAGCGUACUCUCACAGAUUAAUUGCAUAUGAGUGUGAAUAUAAAAUGGAUAUUUGAGAUUUUAGGUUCAUCUGUGUAAAAAAAUAUUGGAUCCGUAUAUGGAUAAUCUUGAAUUAAUUCGGAUAUAACAAACAUUAUAAACAGGGGAUAAAAACUGUGUACAUGUGUAUAUCAUAUUCAUUUAGCUAUAUUAUAUAUAUGCUUAUGUUUUAAAUAAGUUAUUAUUGACAUCUGUGAUUUUGUUCAGUAAAGGCCACAUUGUAAAUAUGAUGUUCUUAAAGCUGUGUCUGUUAUAAUGUUAUAAUUUGCCUUUACCCUAUCAAAACGAUUUCCUUCUUCUUCUUCUUCUUCUUCUUCUUCUUCUUCUUCUUCUUCUUCUUCUUCUUCUUCUUCUUCUUCUUCUUCUUCUUCUUCUUCUUCUUCUUCUGUACAUCACUAACCUUGCACUGAACAACUGUUUUCAUACACCGCGAUGAACCACAGUUUAAAAACAUUUAAUCCAUACAUUGUGUGUGUACUAUAUAAGUGGGCAUAUUGUUACAGCAUGUAUAUAUCACGUGAUAUUGUUGUCGUCACCAUAUUUACCAUGAAUGUGCUGCUAGUUGUUACAUGUAUAUAUAUUGUUAAAGAAGUGGUGCUAUAAAAAGAAAUAAAUUGCUACAACAGUU